CCAGGCUUACUGACCCUUGACCUCAUCCUGAGAGGGACAGGAUAGGAUGGGGGAGCCCCAGAGUCCCAGAUGACCCAGACCCAGGGUACUCUGUCCCUACGACCCUGCUCUUUCCCGCCCACAGCUCAGCAAAGGGCAGCCUGGUCAUUCACCGCUGGACUUUGACCGUAACCCAAAACACUGCGCAGUUCUCCAUGCCUGCCUCUUUCCAGCUCUGAUGAGAUCUCCGCUGAGGUCACUGGAUAUGUCCCCCAGAAGCUGGAAUCCCAUGAUGGUGGCCCACAGUGUCCUCUGGAUCCUGCUCGGAUUGCUGCUGUGGCUGGAAUCAGGAACAGCAACCCUGCCCCUGCUCAUGGACUCUGUCAUCCACGCCCUGGCUGAGCUCGAGCAGAAGGCACCAGUCACCGAUGCCACCCACACUGCUUCUGCACGGCUGCUGUCAGCCCAGGAUUCUGGCCCCCAUGAUCCCCUCCAUCACUUCCUGCUGGAGAGGGGGCAUCUCAAGGUCACAGAGCUGAAUCCCCCACAACUGACCCCAGAGCUCCAAGGCCUGGCAGAGAUGGUGGUCCAACAUCGUGUGCAGGGUGGGCAGGAAUACGGGGUGGUGCUGGCCCCUGAUGGCUCAACUGUGGCUGUCAAGCCUCUCCUAGUGGGAUUGGAGGCAGGGCUACAGGGGCACAGGGUUGUGAACCUGCCCUUGGACAGCUCAGCCACCCCUCCGGACGUUGGAACCGUGAUCCCAGAGGUAAAAGUCACACCCCCAGACCUCAGUGAUGCCUCUCCAGAGGUCACCUCUGCAAAUGUUGAAACCAUGUCUCCAAAUGUUAGAACCACAGAUGUAGAGGCAGGAGCCACUUUUCCAGAUGUUAGACCUGGCUCUGCAGAUGUCCAAACCUCCUUGCCAGAUGCCAAAGACACAUCCCCAACCACUGUGGACAGCCUCCUGGCGGUCAGCCUGGCCAGGGACCUGGGCCUCACCUUCCUCCAGGGCCCCCAGACACGGAGCCACCCAGGCCUGGGAACUGAGGGCUGCUGGGACCAGCUCUCUGCUCCCCAGACCUUCACACUCCUGGAUCCCAAGGCCUCACCACUCACUGCAGCCUUCCUCAAUGGUGCCCUGGAUGGGGCCCUCCUUGGAGAUUACCUGAGCCGGGCCCCUGGGCCCCUGCCACCCCUCAGCCACCUGCUGAGCCAGUACUAUGGAGCUGGGGUGGCUGGAGACCCAGGCCUUCGAAGUAACUUCCGACGACAAAACGGAGCUGUUCUGACUUCAGCUCCCACCCUGACCCAGCAGGUGUGGGGGGCCCUUAUCCUGCUACAGACGCUGGAGCCAGCACACCCUCAGCUACAGGGCAUGAGCCAAGAUCAGCUGGUGAAGGUGGCCACCCAUGCUGCCAAGGAGUUUAUUGAAGCCUUCUUGGGGUGCCCGGCCAUCCACCCUCGUUGCCGCUGGGGCGCCGCACCUUACCGGGGCCUCCCGACGCCUUUGCAGCUGCCUCUCGGGUUCUUAUAUGUGCAUCACACGUACGUGCCUGCGCCACCCUGCACCGACUUCGCGCGCUGUGCCGCGGAUAUGCGCUCUAUGCAGAGCUUCCACCAGGACACGCGCGGCUGGGAAGACAUAGGCUACAGUUUCGUGGUGGGUUCAGACGGCUACGUGUACGAGGGCCGGGGCUGGCACUGGGUGGGCGCGCACACACGCGGCCACAACUCCCGCGGCUUCGGCGUGGCCAUCGUGGGCAACUACACGGCGGGGCUGCCCACCGAGGCGGCGUUGCGCACCUUGCACGAUCUGCUUCCGCGCUGCGCGGUGCGCGCAGGCCUCCUGCGGCCAGACUAUGCACUGCUGGGCCACCGCCAGCUCGUGCACACUGACUGCCCUGGUGACGCGCUCUUCAACCUGCUGCGCACCUGGCCGCGCUUCGCCGCGAGUGUGAAGCCAAGAACUGCCAGGAGGGCCUCCAGGAGAUCCAAGAGGAAGCCACCCCCAGUGAUCCUGCCAGUCACAGACCUCCAGUAAAGGGAUCAUUGAAAGAAA